CCCCUCCCUGCCCUAGCCUCACCCCCACCCACCCAGGGGCACCUUGAACAUACAUAACAGGAAAUUUCAAACAACAGGAAACCCAGGCCAGGCUGCGACUCCACCCUGCCAGGGGCCUCUCUCAGUAUGUCCCCGGGGGAGGCCAUGAACAUCAGCACCUGGUCCUGUCACCGACUGGCGGCCAGCGGUCACAGCCUCCUCAUCGUCCUGCACUACAACCACAGUGGGCGGCUGGCCGGCCGCGGGGGCCCUGAGGACGGUGGCGGGCUGGGGAUGCUGCGGGGGCCGUCGGUGGCGGCCGGUUGCCUGGUGGUGCUGGAGAACGCAGUGGUGCUGGCCGCCAUCGCCACCCGCAUGCGGUCGCAUCGCUGGGUGUACUACUGCCUGCUGAACAUCACUCUGAGCGACCUGCUCACCGGCCUGGCCUACCUAGUCAAUGUGCUGCUGUCGGGGACCCGCACCUUCCAGCUGUCCCCUGCGCACUGGUUCCUGCGGGAGGGCCUGCUCUUCAUGGCCCUGGCUGCGUCCACCUUCAGCCUGCUCUUCACGGCGGGGGAGCGCUUCGCCACCAUGGUACGGGUGGCCGAGAGCGGGGCCACCAAGACCAGCCGCGUGUACGGCUGCAUCGGGCUGUGCUGGCUGCUGGCAGCCACGCUGGGCCUACUGCCCCUUCUGGGCUGGAACUGCGUGUGUGCCUUCCCACGCUGCUCCAGCUUGCUGCCCCUCUACUCCAAGAGCUACGUGCUCUUCUGCGUGGUGGUCUUCGCCCUCAUCCUGGUGGCCAUCCUGGGCCUCUACGGGGCCAUCUUUAGGGUGGUCCGGGCCAAUGGGCAGAAGUCCCCGCGUGCUCCAGCCCGUCGCAAGGCCCGUCGGCUGCUCAACACGGUGCUGAUGAUCUUGGUGGCCUUCGUGGUGUGCUGGGGUCCCCUGUUCUGUUUGCUCCUGGCUGACAUCUUCGGUUCCAACGUCUGGGCCCAGGAGUACCUGCGUGGCAUGGACUGGAUCCUGGCCCUGGCCGUGCUCAACUCGGCCAUCAACCCCCUGAUCUAUUCCUUCCGCAGCCGUGAGGUGCAGCGCGCUGUGCUGGCCUUCCUCUGCUGUAGCUGCCUCUGGUUAGGCCUGCGGGGUCCUGGUGACUGCCUGAUCCGGAUCACCGAGGUCCACUCUGGUGCAUCAACCACUGACAGCUCACUGAGGACCAGGGACAGUUUUCGGGCUUCCAGGUCACUUAGUUUCAAGAUGCGAGAACCGCUGUCCAGCAUUUCCAGUGUCCGGAGCACUUAGAGCUUGGACCAGCCAGUUGCCAGAGCAAGUGUUGCACUGGCUCUCCCGGGAGAGGUGAGAAGAGACCCUACACACGAUCCUGGCCUGACCUAAUGCUGACAGGAACAUACCAGCAGCAGGUCCUCGGGACCGUCCAUGGAGCCUCCCCAUACCUGGCAGAGCAGAGAGUGGCCAGAGCCAGAUCUGGUGGGUCUAGGCCUCCAUCUGGGCCUCACCUUCACCAGGAGGUGAAGGGGACAUUCCACAUCUGAGUUCACUUACAGGACAGGGCACUGUGGUUCUCUCUCAGUCGUGUGUGUGUGUGUGUGUGUGUGUGUGUGUGUGUGUGGUCGGUGUGUGUAUGGGGGGCUGCUGUAACACGUCACGUUGUCAGACCCAGGGGUGCUGGGGGUGCUGCCCUGUUUGUCUGGGGGCAGCCACCUUACAGAUAUGUUGCAAGAAGGAGUGGGGGUCAGGGGACACACAAGUCAAGCAUCCCUCUCUGCAGUGACUUCCCCACUGGAACAGGCAGCCCACCCCCCUGGCCUCCUGUCUCCAGUUCAGCUUCUCUGUGUGAGGAGAACGGACCCACCCAUGCCAGGUCUGGGGCAAUAUCUAGACCUGGUCCUGUAACCCUGUGGCCUCACCCUUCCGUUUCCGAACCAUGGUGAAGUGCUGUGAUGGGCACUAUGGACUCCACAGCACAGCCACGAGCCAUGCAUGACUGGGUAAAAUUCAUUAAAAGGAAGGAAACCUGCA